AUGGGUUUAUGAGUAUAGAGAUACUGGCUAAGUUUCUCAAUGUGUUCACCUUUGCUCUUCAACAGAGCAGCAUUGUCAGCGGGGAUGGAGAUACUUUGACUCCAGUUCGUACUUCCUCUCCACUGAGAAGAAAACCUGGGAGGAGAGCAGACAGGACUGUCUGGAGAGAGGAGCAGACCUGGUGAUCAUAAACAGCAGAGAGGAACAGGUGAGAGACAGAGAGAGAGACAGAGAGAGAGAGAGAGAGAGAGAGAGAGAGAGAGAGAGAGAGAGAGAGAGAGAGAGAGAGAGAGAGAGAGAGAGAGAUAUAGAGAGAGAGAGAGAGAGAGAGAGAGGUGGGUGGUGGAGCAAGUAUAAUUUUCAUCAGCACACUAAUAUGUGGGCAGUAUCUUAUAAAUAUAUUAAAAGUGACUGUUUUUUAUCUUUCUCAAAAACAGACAUUUCUCUUCAACCUCCACCUGAGAGCCUGGAUUGGUCUGACUGAUUCUGUUACUGAGGGGACCUGGAAAUGGGUGGAUGGCGCAUCACUGACCAAAGGGUGAGAGAUUUUACCAUUUUGGCUUGUGAUAUGGAGAUAAAAACAUCAACAAUGAUAUAUUGCUUCCAAUCAUGUUCAUAAAAAUGUAUGUUUCGACUCGAAUGUCAUUCAGUAAGAACUAUAGAUGUGUUAUAGAAACCAGGUAGAAUUUACAUAUGAAAAUGUAAUCGAAAGAGUAAAACCAAAAAAAUGUGUUGAUGGCCCACUGUUGAUAAUGGAAUGCUCAUCUUACAGAUUGUGGCUUUAAAGAUGAGAAAACAUAGGACUGUGUGAAUAAUUCAGAAGGAUGUUUGUACCACAAUGUCUGACUGUCUGGAUCUCUGUGUUUAGGUACUGGGGGGCAGGACAGUCUGAUGCUAGAGGGCAAGAGGACUGUGUUGAGAUAUACUAUGGACAAGAUGCCCCUACACAGAUGGUAAUGCGCCGCCGCAACCUUCGCUCUCUCUCUCCCACUACUCUCUCCUCUUCCAUCCUAUCAUCUCUUCCCUCUGCUCAAACCUUCUCCCUCCAAUCUCCUGAUUCUGCCUCCUCAACCCUCCUCUCCUCCCUUUCUGCAUCCUUUGACUCUCUGUGUCCCCUAUCCUCCCGGCCGGCUCGGUCCUCCCCUCCAGCUCCGUGGCUUGAUGACUCAUUGCGAGCUCACAGAACAGAGCUCCGGGCAGCGGAGCGGAAAUUGAAGAAAACUAAACUCCCUGCCGACCUGGCAUCUUUUCACUCCCUCCUCUCUACAUUUUCUUCAUCUGUUUCUGCUGCUAAGGCCACUUUCUACCACUCUAAAUUCCAAGCACCUGCCUCUAACCCUAGGAAGCUCUUUGCAACAUUCUCCUCCCUGCUGAAUCCCACCCCCCUCCUCUCUCUCUGUGGAUGACUUCGUCAACCACUUUGAAAAGAAGGUUGACGACAUCCGAUCCUCGUUUGUUAAGUCUAAUGACACUGCUGGUCCUACUCACACUGCCCUACCCUAUGCAUUGACUUCUUUCUCCCCUCUCUCCCCACUGCAGGCCGCCCAACAACCUGCCCGCUUGACCCCAUCCCCUCCUCUCUUCUCCAGACCAUCUCUGGUGACCUUCUCCCCUAACUCACCUCGCUGAUCAACUCAUCCUUGACCGCUGGCUAUGUCCCUUCCGUCUUCAAGAGAGCGAGAGUUGCACCCCUUCUCAAAAAACCAACACUCGAUCCCUCUGAUGUCAACAACUACAGACCAGUAUCCCUUCUUUCUUUUCUUUCCAAAACUAUUGAGCGUGCCGUCUUUAGCCAACUCUCCUGCUAUCUCUCUCAGAAUGACCUUCUUGAUCCAAACCAGUCAGGUUUCAGGACUGGUCAUUCAACUGAGACUGCUCUUCUCUGUGUCACGGAGGCUCUCCGCACUGCUAAAGCUAACUCUCUCUCCUCUGCUCUUGUCCUUCUAGACCUGUCUGCUGCCUUUGAUACUGUGAACCAUCAGAUCCUCCUCUCCACCCUCUCCGAGCUGGGCAUCUCCGGCGCGGCUCACUCCUGGAUUGCGUCCUACCUGACCGGUCGCUCCUACCAAGUGGCGUGACGAGAAGCUGUCUCCGCACCACGUGCUCUCACCACUGGUGUCCCCCAGUGCUCAGUUCUAGGUCCUCUCCUAUUCUCUCUAUACACCAAGUCACUUGGCUCUGUCAUAUCCUCACAUGGUUUCUCCUAUCAUUGCUACGCAGACGACACACAAUUAAUCUUCUCCUUUCCCCCUUCUGAUAACCAGGUGGCGAAUCGCAUCUCUGCAUGUCUGGCAGACAUAUCAGUGUGGAUGACGGAUCACCACCUCAAGCUUAACCACGGCAAGACGGAGCUGCUCUUCCUCCCGGGGAAGGACUGCCCUCUCCAUGAACUCGCAAUCACGGUUGACAACUCCGUGGUGUCCUCCUCCCAGAGUGCAAAGAACCUUGGCGUGACCCUGGACAACACUCUGUCGUUCUCCGCUAACAUCAAAGCGGUGACCCGAUCCUGUAGGUUCAUGCUCUACAACAUUCGCAGAGUACGACCCUACCUUACACAGGAAGCGGCACAGGUCCUAAUCCAGGCACUUGUCAUCUUCCGUGUGGAUUACUGCAACUCAAUGUUGGCAGGGCUCCCUGCCUGUGCCAUUAAACCCCUACAACUCAUCCAGAAUGCUGCAGCCCGUCUGGUGUUCAACCUUCCCAAGUUCUCUCACGUCACCCCGCUCCUCCGCACACUCCACUGGCUUCCAGUUGAAGCCCGCAUCUGCUACAAGACCAUGUUGCUUGCCUACGGAACUGUGAGGGGAACGGCACCUCCGUACCUUCAGGCUCUGAUCAGUCCCUACACCCAAACGAGGGCAUUGCGUUCAUCCACCUCUGGCCUGCUGGCCCCCCUACCUCUGCGGAAGCACAGUUCCCACUCAGCCCAGUCAAAAUUGUUCGCUGCUCUGGCACCCCAAUGGUGGAACAAGCUCCCUCACGACGCCAGGACAGCGGAGUCACUCACCACCUUCCGGAGACACUUGAAACCCCACCUCUUUAAGGAAUACCUGGGAUAGGAUAAAAGUAAUCAUUCUACCCUCCCCCUACCCCACCCCCCCAAAAAUAAUCAUUAUACCCCCUCUCUAGCUGGUUUAUGUUCUUCUGAUACUGGUCUCUCUCCCUCUGUAACUGGUCUCUCUCCCUCAGGAACUGUUCUAUCCCUUUCUCUAGCUGGUUUCUGUUCUGCCGGCACUGGUCUCUCUCCUUCAGCAGCUUGUCUCUCUCUGUACACAGGUCAAUGAUACCACUACUGGUAUCUGGCUGGUCUCUGUCUGUACACAGGUCAGUGAUACCACUACUGGUAUCUGGCUGGUCUCUGUCUGUACACAGGUCAGUGAUACCACUACUGGUAUCUGGCUGGUCUCUGUCUUGCGACAGGCCAGUGGUGUUAUAACAGGCCUCUAACUGGUCUCUCUCUUCUGUGGAGUGGGCUAAAAUAAAACAUUUGGAAUAGGAAGAUGUUUCCCCUAUACGCUGAUCUUGGGUUAGUUUUUCCACCACUAAACGAUUAAGGGUAGGAAUGGGGGAGGGGAAGUGGAUCCUAGAUCUCAAUUCUCUAUGGAUGUUGCCUACAGUUGUUUUGUGUGUUUCAAACUACAAGUCCAACUAGCUAUGUAAUGUCAAGUCUCAUCUGAAUUGUGUUACUUGCUGUAGUGUGAUAAUGAAGUACAGGUUAUGUCCCAAAUUGCACCCUAUUCCUGGCAGCCUAUUCUGGUCAAAAGUAGUGCACUAAAGGGAAGUAGGUUUCCAUUUGGGACACAGCUCACUCACAGAAAGCCAGCGUCAGGGAGAUGUUGAGAGUGACUUGUAGAACACACAGCACUCCAAAACACACAGCACCCAGCCUGUAGAGUAUUGGUCUUCCAUCUGCAAAGGAACACACACACACACACACACACACACACACACACACACACACACACACCUUACAUCACUAAUGCUGACAACUGAACCAAGUGUGAAUCAAAACCAGACGUUGAACUGACAUCUGUGCCCAGUGGUAUGCUGUUACCAACUGAGACACACAGAAGAAAAAGCAUCAAAACUUCACAAUUAUUUUGGGAUUAUAUAGUAUUAAUGUUUGUCUAGUUAAGUGUGUGUGUGUGUGUGUGUGUGUGUGUGUCACAGGAGGUUGGUGCACCUUCAUUGGGGAGGAUUGGCUCGUGGUAAUGACUGGAGCGGAAUAGGUGGACAACACCAGAAUUAAGGGUUGGAUCAUAAAGAACCUUCCAAAAACAUUAAAAAUAGGAAGAAAGAUGACAUGGAACAGAAUGAACAAGGAAUGAAGAGGACAUCACAAACAACUGUCUGGUCUACAAGCCUGCGUCCCUAAGUACACCCUAUUUCCCUAUGUAGUGCACUAUAUAGAGAAUAUGGUGCCAUUUGGGACACAUAUCAAGUCUCCUUCUUAUUGGUGGAUAGAGCCUUGAAACAUCCUGUCACCUGCUGUGGGCCCCAGACAGAGAACAGAGAGGGAGAUGGUGGAGACCCCAUUAGACACCAUGCAUGAGUGA